AUGGCGGAAUCAGAUAAUAUAAACGAUGAGACAUGCGUCAGUCCACAUACAGACCCGUCUGCCAAGAAUCUCAUGGACCUGCCAACAGAGCUCCAUAUCCACAUUUCUUCUUUUCUAUCGUAUCCCGAUGCACUCGCUCUGAAGCAUACGAGUCGCCUUUUUUACUUGGUUGUUGACACGGGUGUAGAGCUCAAGAUCGACUGGCUAGUUGAGCGCUUCGAACGCAAACUCGAGUGUCCCAUGGAAAAAUGCGGAGGCAUCUUGAGUGUCGACGUGGCAAAGGAGGCUGUUUUGUCGUCGAUGGGGAAAGCUAUAUGGAGGAACGAAGUUUUGAUUUUCGGAGCCCUGUUUAUCUUCUGGACCUUGCUCUGGAGCAUCUUUACGAGAGUCCUACUCAAUAAGCAUGCUGAUUCUCCGUCGUUAUUAAACCCAUUCUAUUUAUCUUGGUUAUGA